GGCAAAUGCUCCGCCAAGGGGAGCGGCUAUGCGCACGGGAGCGCCAGGUACUCCAUUCUUUCACCACGGCUAUGGUUCUAGCUCGGGAGGAACAGGCGGUCUGGUAGUCGUCGGCGUUGUCGGGAAGAAUGAGGAGGAUUUGUCGCAGCUGCUGGACAGGAUUUUGGAUCAGCGGGUGUUUGGGGGGAUCUCAGGCCAUUUCUCGACGAAUUCCGGGGCGUAUGGCAGUAGAUUAGAUGCGUUUGGGCGGAUUCCAGUCCCGGGCAGUGGCAGGGCGGAGGCUACUGCCACCUCGAGAUAUGGGAGUUGGAUGAAGAACAGGCUGCGGCACUACUGCGAUGAGGAACGAGGGAUUCUCUUCGUCUUGUUUCCGUGUGGAUCGCUUCCAGUGGAGCUCCUCGCGGAGGAGGAUUUCUCUGUGAUGGGCUUGGCCUCUUUGCUCGAGCAGCAUGAGAUGUUUGGAGUUCGAGGACUUUUCUUCAUGUUCUCGGUAUGUCACGUUGUUCUCUUGGUUCAAGAAGGAGCUAAGUUUGAUCCACGGCUCUUGCGGCUCUUCCGAGUGUUACAAGCCGCAAAAGCGGCGAUCAAGAUGCCGCUAAAGGGAGCUCAAGCUCGGGGUUUUUACACAGGUAGCUCGCCUGUGAGAGGUGGUCGCCAGGCUUCCGGUUUUUCUCUCAUGUCCGGGCUCUCACACGGUUUGUUCCCGGGGCAGUGUACUCCGGUUCUUCUCAUCGUCUGCAUAGACGACUUCUCGGAGUUUGAGACUUCGGACGCUACAGUUCGGCAGUCGAAACUUUCCACGGGGGUAAGACAGGUUGGGAAGCUAGAGCAGGGAACACGACGAAAGUUUCAAUCUUCGGUGGAAGCUCAGGUCCGGUUCUUGGUAAAGAAGAGCCGAACAAUUCUUGGCUUUGGUGACUCUGGCUUAGGAGGUGGUAUGGGACUUAGAGGCUCUGGCAAUGUCAUGGGAGCCGUUCCAGGUGGUGGUGGAGGUCCGGCACUCUUUACUAUGGACCCGUCGAGGGUGGUGUUGUUUGUGGAUCGCUUUUCGAAUCGAUGCUGCGAUGCUUUAGAGGGUACUAUUACCAUCUUGGAAAACAUGAUCAAGGGGAUCCCAAACGCAGAAGGGGCUCUCUGGGAGAAUACAAGUGGAGUCACCGAGGACAUACAGGCCGUAAGAGAUUUUAUAUGGAGACAGGCCGAGAUUGUUAGAGGCAGGGGAGGUACUCAAGCAAUGUCUGUGGGUGUUGGGAUGGUAGCUGCUGCCGCUGCCGCUGCUGCUGCUUCCGCUGCUGCCGGUUCCAUGGGUGGUGCACUGAGGCCAAUCUCGAAUCCUCCUGAACUUCCAACUUUGCAAAGCUGGCUGACGGCGAGCAACACAAUUCUCUCGUCGCUGCUGAAGUUUGAAGGAAAGGUGGAGGUUUCUCGACGUCAGAGCUGCCCUGGAUCGGGAGUUGAUGCUAGUGCCGGAUCAGGUCUUAGACUUUUCAGCGAGGCAGACUUGGCGUGCAUAGACUUAGCGUGUGCGGACACGAACACCAAGUUUUCAGCUUCUUGGUGCAAAAAGGCCAUGCCUUCUGCUCGAGGAGUUUACUUGAAAGGACUGCCACCCUGCUAUCCGACUGCUGUUCACAAGCACCAGUUGGACAAGGCUAUCGGCGCCUUUAAAAGUAUGGUGAGAGGCCCAGCAGUGAACGUGUUCUUGGAGAAGCUCAAACGAGAGUGUGAAGCUUUGUGGAAGUCGGGAAGGCAGUUGUGUGAUGCCGUCAGCCUUACAGGGAGGCCGUGUACGCAUCAAGUUCCAGAAAAUGCCGAGAAGGAAGAAGUGCAAAGGCCUCACUCCAGCGGUUAUGUGUUUCUCAGUGCCUGUGCCUGUGGAAGAUCACGGAGGCUGCGAGAGGAUCCUUUCGACUUUGACAGUGCAAACGUAUCCUUCUUUCGGUUUCCAAACUGCGAGGACCUGCUACCGUCAGUGGUUCUGCCCCAUCAUUCGAAAGCAUCGGAAGGGUCUGCAUGGAGCAUACUGCGGUUGGGGAAUGCAAAGUAUUAUCAACCGUCGGCUGGUCUUCUGCAAGCUGGUUUUUGCGCCGAUCAAAACUAUCUCUCUCACUACGACAUGUCACUCCACUACAAGUCUGCUGCUGAGCCGGAAAAGACGUUGGAAGGCUCUAAAAUUUCAAAGUCGUCGUCUGAUCAGGGAACGGUGACGAAGAAGCAUUCCGAGGAUCCGAAAUUCAAGCCCGCGGAGAAGCAAAAGAAUGCUGACGUGAAACUUGACUACAGCGAAGAGUCUGCUUUUCCGCCACUUCCUCAGAAGAAUGGUCCGAAGCCAACGAAACAAACUCCUAAGAAAGCACCCGUAAAAGCAAUGGAGUCCAAGACCAACAAAAGCGAGCAGCCGAAGGAGAUGGUAGAAAAUGGUGGUUCUCCUUUGAAAACAAUUGCUGCUGACGCGGGGGGCGCUCGUGCAACCAAAGAGGCCGCGGACGUUGGUCUUUACAUCGGGUUUGAGCACGAGUGUCCUCACGGCCACAGAUUCUUCCUAUCAGUGGAGCACUUGCAGAAGCUCAGCCCUCCAUACUCUCAGCAGGCUGGAGUUGAGAAGAAAGCAAGGCGGAACAAGCUGAGAGGCAACCGAGCAGCACAUUUGGAUCGAACUGUUCCCGCAAAAACAUCGGACAGGCUGCAAGAUGGUGUGUCUGGCUCGCUCAUUGAGUUCAAUGCUGCGAUGGAGAACCUGAGCGUGGUCGAAGCUGGUGGUGACGGACGCGUGCUACUGAACUCGGACCUCCCGAUCUAUAUGGAAUGUCCGCACUGCAAGGCGAACAGCAACAAAGAGAGCGACUUAAAUUAUGCUGGGACUGUUUCGCGCUUGCAGCGUAUAUUUCUGGUAACCCCACCGUUUCCAUUGCUCAUGGCUUCGUGCCCUGUGGUGCAGUUUGAUGAAACGUCGACACCUAAUGCUAAGUGUGCCAUGCGUUUUAGCUUCAACUGCGAAGUGGUAUUGCCACCAGACAGUUUUUUGAGCUUACGCCUGCCUUUUGUGUACUGCACAGAGAAUGAGGAUGGUUCUCUGUUGCCACUGCAGUACAAAGAGGAUCACCCCGAGCUGAGCGCCUGGCUUGUCAAAGGCACCGUAUUUUAUGUCCUCUCCGGCAGGCAGUGACGACAAGAGACACGAUUUCUUCCACUUCCACGAUCCAGCUGCAGCAGACGUUAUGUUUUCUCCCUCCAGUGAUCACCACUUCAGCAAAAAUCGUCAUCGAGGUCUUUACAAAGGGAAGCUCGCUGCCGCCAGUCUCGCUUCAUCGAGGUCCAUGGAAAAUGGCUCCGUGAGAGACCUCUCCAUCACUUCGGUUUCGUCCAAGCUCUUGGCUUCGCUGUUGAUAUGUAUAGCUAAGGCAGACAAGGAAACGUCACAGCAAAGGUGAGCUCGUUCAAAAUCUUUCUUUCGCUCGAAUCAACAGCGUCCCUGUUUCUAGUGCUGCUGCUACGCACGAAAAAAUGUUCUAGAGAAGAAAGUUCUAGCACGAACUCUCCCAUUCUUCCUCCCUUAAGCGUACGGCGGAGAUUGGCCGUGAUGUCAUGCAUAUGGUACUGGUCAUGUGCGUCAUGUGGGGCAUGACGUGGCGUGUGGGGAGGGCAUGACGUGGCAUGUGGGCAUGGAUGAGGGCCACGACAACACCAUUCAUCGGCAUCGUCUUGGGCAUUUUACAUUCAUCCUUUCCUCUCCCCACAAAGCAGGCGUGCAUUGUCCACGUUAGGGUUCCAGUGAGGCGCCUUGUUAUUUCGAGCCCUGGGGCGAUGAGCGCGGCGCGAUCGACGAGCAAGGCAGCGGCGCGACGCGCUGGGAUUGCGUCUUGCUUGAUUGAUUGAUUGCCGUGCUCCCUUUCUCGAUCCCGCGGGGAUUUUGGUGUCUCUGGAAAGGGGGCUUUGGCUGAAUUUGCGUUUCCCGGGGCGAUUCCAGGCUUGGCACCUCCCAAUGCACAGAUUCUGAGCGUUGAUAGUAAGGGAUCCGAUCGGCGGACAUGGGAAGGCUGUGCCUGAUAGAAUUGGAUGGGCGAUUCUACAGCUGCCAUUCUUGCCGGACACACCUCGCAAACUUCGAUCAAUUGAUGUCAAAGGCAUGCCAUCCUAUCCCUCGGUCUUCCUGCUUUCGUUACUCUUAAAAUGUCUGAUUAGAGGCCGUUUUCUCGUGUGCUGUGUUUUUAUUUUUUUUCUUUCGCUUCUCCGCCCAGGCCUUUCACUGCCGACACGGAAAGGCUUAUCUUUUCAACACAGUUGUUAAUGUGUUUGAGGGACCAUUGGAGGAGCGGAUGAUGACAACCGGUGUCCACACUGUGGCUGACAUUUACUGCAAGGGGUGCCAACAGAAUGUUGGCUGGAAAUACGAAUUCGCGCAGCACAAGGCCCAGAAGUACAAGGAAGGGAAGUUCAUUUUAGAGAGAGGAAGAGUUGUAGGUUGCGAGAAAGGCGAUUUCUAUCUGGACACACAGGCGAUUGGAAGUGACCCCGACGACGUACCGCUGGAAUGAUAUUGAAUGGAUGGCAGGGAAAUAACAAAAGCAAAGCGAAGCAACGCAGAGGAAAAAAAAAAAGAAAAAAAAGAAGCAAGGACACAAACUUGACACUUGCAGCAUUGUCUAGAUUCUCCUCAAUUGUUGUAUAGCCUCCAAACUGUAAGAAAGAUUCCCAUUUAAAGUUC